UAUACUUUAGGUAUGCAACUCCGUUUGUGGUCCCGUAGUUUGGCAAACACGCCCGAGUCUUGAACUGCCCUUGAAAUAUUGCUAUAUGCCUUCCAAAGCCAAGCACCUGUAAAAAUAUUAUUUUAACUUUUGUAUCAAACGGCGCAUGUCCUUGCCAAAACCUCGUUCGCUCCUAACUCAUCUCAAGACAAAUUGUAUGCCAGGAAGAGUUAAGGGAUUGAGAUUUUCGGUAAAGAAAACGUGUUAGCAAGCUGUUUAUAUACUAGGUAAUGGCGAUGCUGACGGUAACUCCGCCUCGUACUACUUCUGCACCAAAUUGGUUUCUUCGCGCUUUUGGAAGAAACAAAAUUACUAAUACUAGUCCAAGCAAAACUUCAUUAUCAUCUCUGUGUGAAGAAAUACUUAAGAAAUCACAAGCAGCAUUUUUGUCUGGGAAGACUAAGCCAUAUCAGUUUCGGAUAAAGCAGUUGGAGUCAGUUGUUCAGAUGCUGGAAAAUAAUGAAAGCCAAUUUUUGAAAGCACUACAACAUGAUUUACAUAAGCCUAAAUUUGAGGCUCUCUUAUCGGAAAUUGCCGUUAUAAAAAAUGAAGCUAUCUAUGCCGCAAAUAAUCUGGAAGAAUGGAUGGAACCAGAAUAUGUUGAAAAAACACUGAGUACUGCACUGGAUGAAUGCUAUGUUCUGAAAGAACCACUGGGAGUGGUGUUAGUCAUUGGACACUGGAGCUUUCCCUUGCAGCUCUGUUUGAUUCCUUUCAUUGGAGCUGUUUCAGCAGGAAAUUGUGUUGUAGUAAGGCCAUCAGAAACUGCUUCAAAUACUGCUGAAUUGCUGCAAAACCUUCUUCCUAAAUAUUUAGAUAAUGAAUGUUAUCAUGUGAUUUAUGGUGGCCAUAAAGAUGCCCAGAAUGAUCUUUCAGACCUGCUGCAACAUAAAUUUGAUCAUGUUUUCUAUACAGGAGAUGCCACUACUGGAAAGUUAGUUAUGCAAGCUGCUACCAAGUUCUUAACACCUGUCACAUUGGUGUUAGCUGGAAAGAAUCCUUGCUAUAUAGACAGAAAUUGUGACAUUUAUAUGGCGGCCCGAAGAAUCGCUUGGGCUCGCUUUGUGAAUGCUGGUCAAAACCUCCUUGCACCUGAUUAUGUCUUGUGCCAUGCAGACGUACAUGACAAGCUACUCAAAGAACUUUAUACCUGUGUGACAGAAUUCUAUGGAGAAGCUCCUGAAAAAUCGCCUGAUUUUGGUCGAUUAGUUAGCAUUGAGCACUAUCAAAAGUUAAAGGAACUUCUUGGUUGUGGAAAGUUGUUUAUUGGUGGAAAGUCUGAUGAAGGCAUCAAGUAUAUAGCUCCAACAAUAUUACUGGAUGUGAAGGAAAAUGAUCCAAUCAUGGAGAAAGACAUCUUUGGUCCUGUCCUCCCUAUAAUAAAGGUUUGUGCUCUUGAAGAAGCAAUAAACAUUAUAAGAAAGAGAGAGAAACCACUGGCAGUAUAUGUAUAUUCUUCAAAUUUCAAGGUUAUAUCUGAGGUAAUGUCUAGAACAUCGAGUGGAUGCUUUUGUUCCAAUGACAGUGGCAUGCAGAAUAUGUUCUUAACACUUCCAUUUGGAGGAGUUGGUGGUAGUGGCAUGGGCUGUUGCCAUGGUAAAUAUGGCUUUGACACUUUUUCACACAGGCGUGCUUGCAUACUCCGGAAUAUUGGUAUUGAAUGUGUCACUUACCUUCGCUACCCACCGUAUGUGGACAAAAAUCUCUCUCUAAUUCUCUGGGCUAGUUCCCUGUCCCGAAGAAGUAGUGGAUGGUGCCAGAUAUCAUGAGUGUAUAUAUGUAGUGACUGCAUAGCAAAG